UUCUGAUUCUCUAGCUCUUUCGCCAGGCGACCCGGGUGCGUGCUACGUAGACAGGCCUUGUUAAUUUCGAAAAACUCUGAGAAAACAUGUCUCUCGCCGACCCAGUCUCGUUCGCCAAGGACUUCAUCGCCGGUGGUGUGUCCGCUGCCAUCUCGAAGACGGCCGUGGCGCCGAUCGAGCGAGUCAAACUGCUCUUGCAAGUGCAGCAUGCGUCCAAGCAGAUCGCGGUGGACAAGCAGUAUAAGGGCAUCAUCGACUGCUUCGUCCGCAUCCCUAAGGAGCAGGGUUUUAUCAGCUUCUGGCGCGGAAACAUGGCCAACGUGAUCCGCUACUUCCCAACCCAGGCGCUCAACUUUGCCUUCAAGGACAAGUACAAGCAGGUCUUCCUUGGCGGCGUGGACAAGAAGACGCAAUUCUGGCGCUACUUCGCCGGUAACUUGGCAUCGGGUGGUGCUGCUGGAGCCACCUCCCUCUGCUUUGUCUACCCUCUUGACUUCGCACGUACCCGAUUGGCCGCUGACAUUGGCAAGGGUGGCGCCCGUGAGUUCAACGGCUUGGGCGACUGCCUGGCCAAGGUCUUCAAGUCCGAUGGCAUGGGUGGUCUCUACAGAGGCUUCGGUGUGUCGGUGCAGGGCAUCAUCAUCUACCGUGCGGCCUACUUCGGUUUCUUCGACACAGCCAAGGGCAUGCUCCCAGACCCCAAGAACACUCCCUUCCUCGUCUCGUGGGCUAUUGCUCAGGUGGUGACAACGGUUGCGGGCAUCGCUUCUUAUCCAUUUGACACAGUGCGUCGUCGUAUGAUGAUGCAAUCUGGCCGCGCCAAGAGCGAGAUCAUGUACAAGAGCACGAUGCACUGCUGGUCGACGAUCGCCAAGAAGGAGGGCACCGGCGCCUUCUUCAAGGGUGCUUUCUCCAACGUUCUCAGAGGCACUGGCGGCGCUCUUGUGCUCGUCCUCUACGACGAAAUCAAGAAGGUCCUUUAAGAAGGGCACACCUUUGUAGACGAAAAGCAAUUGUUGUUGAUUUUAGCAUGAGAAAGAGAGCGCAGAGCAAGAGCACACCUGAAGACAGACACCUCACUUUGUUGACAUGAACAUUCCAAAGACAAAAUAAUAUAUUCCUCCUUUAAUUUUGCUGUUAUUGCCAAACAAUGUUCGAUACAUUGUGCAUUCCAAUUAUACUGUGUUUUCUGAUUUCAGAAAGAAAGGUAAUUCCAUUUUUCCAAAAUAGUUAACUUAAAUGUUUGUUGUUAUUUGUGCUAACAAGAUGCACGUUGCUGUCUUGAAACCGUUUCAACUGGAAAAUAAACAAGACAAGGCCUUAAACGAA